AUGUUAAAAGAAAAUGGGUUUUCUUUGGGUGAUUUUGGCAUCACGUAUGCUCAUAUGGAAGUUGAAUGUGAAUUGCCUGAUGCGGAUAUUGGUCCUUCUCCAAAUGAAAUAAAAAGAAGAAUAGAAAGUCUUAACCCACAACAAAGAGCGGCUUUUAAUAAAAUAAGUUUUGCUCUUGAGUUUGAAGAAUCACCAAAUAGGUGUUUUUUCAUCGAUGGUCCUGGUGGGUCUGGAAAGACUUAUUUGUAUAACACUAUUAUUGACUGGGCCAUCGAAAAUGGCAAAUUUGUAAAGAUAUAUGCAUUAAGUGGAAUUGCAUCUACACUCCUCAAGGGUGGUCGAACUCUUCAUAGUUCAUUCAAGCUUCCGCUUAAUUUUAAUAUAAAUAGUAAAUGUAAUGUUGAUGAGAACAGCAAAGAGGGUAGAAUGUUUAGAAAUGUUGAUUUAAUUCUAAUUGAUGAAAUAUCCAUGGUGCCAAAAAGAAUGCUUCAAUGUAUAGAUACAUUUUUGAGAAAUGUUGGUAAUAAAAAACUACCAUUUGGAGGAAAAGUUGUGAUAGUUGGUGGAGAUUUUAGACAAACACUUCCAGUUGUUCCACAUGGUAGUAAAAACGAUAUCGUUAAAACAUGUGUGAAAAUGGCACCUGUAUGGAGACGUUUUGAAAAGCUUGAAUUAAGAGAAAACAUGAGAAGUGUCGGACAAAAAGAAUUCAACCAUUGGCUUUUGGAAGUGGGGAAUGGUAAUAGUGAUUAG